ACCACUUCCUCCCUGGACCGGAUAUCCGGUUGUAGGUGUGUGGAUUUGUGUUUAACCAACAAGUAAAUAAUGAGAAUACAAAACAGAAAUGUUCGGCUUUAGCUCGGUUUCUGCGUCACUUCAUCUCUAAUAUACUCUUCUCUGUAUCAAUGGCUCCUUAUUAUUGUGCCGUGUGUCGGCAAACUACAUUCGCCGGGAAGGGACACAUCUUCGGGAAAAGUCACCAGAGCCGAUUGAGAGUGGUUCUUCUCAAAUUCUUAGAGAAAGUGAAGGAAGCUCGCCGCACACUUAAAAAGCCCCAAGUAGAAAAGUUUGACUGCAGCCAGCACCCGCAGACAUUCUGGUGCUACUGCUGUGGGCUCGAAGUAGACAGAAAUGUUACAGACGGCAACAUGACGGUGCUGUACGGAGGCUUGUUGGAACACAUGGCCACCCCAGCACACAGGAAGAAUACACACAAGUUCUGGUGGGAAAAUAAAGCCGACCCCAAGCUUCGAGACAAGGUCAUCAUCACAGAGGAGGAAACUGAAAGGUUUAAAGCUGAGCUGCCACAAGUUUUGGAAUCAUUUGUGGAGGAGGAGGAUGAAUUCAUUAAACAGCAAGCUGAUCGUAUCCGGGCCCAGGAGAAGCAUCGUCAAGAGGUCCUUCAGUCUCUAUUAGAGCGUGACGCAGACCUGGAGUCGUUCAAUGGUCCCAAUGGCACAGACAUGUCUGCGGAGGACUCUGUCAGCUCACAGUUUACAUCUCAGGGAUCAGACCGGCAGCCGGGGAGCAGCUUUGUCGAGUCAAUGGUCAAAGCACCGUGGGCGGUAGCAGGACAGGGCCUGACUUUCAUCGGCCAUCAGGAUUCAGCAAACAGAGGAAAUGUUCACACAGGCGGUGUCCCACCUUGGCUCCAGGACGAUCCUUUGGAGGGGCCCUCUGGGGCUAAAGCACAUCCAGAGAUCGGCCCAUCGCUCCAAGGGUUCCUCAAACAGAAGGAGCAAGAGAAGCUGAGGAAGCUUCCCCCGAACAGAGUCGGGGCCAACUUUGAUCACAGCUCACAGACGGACGCCAACUGGCUUCCCUCUUUCGGAAGAGUGUGGAACAGCGGCCGACGCUGGCAGUCCAGGGACCAAUUCAGAGAAGAAGAAGGGAAGAAGAAGAGACCGAAGAGGAAGCGGGAGCAGAACUCAGAUGGGUCAAAGAAAAGUAAAACAUCUGGACAGCUGACAAACUCUGACGGCACUUAAAACUGAGUGAAGGGAUGUGUAUAUAGUUCAUGUAGUUUGCAGGAGGUGGAUGAGGUUUUAUACCGUGUUUCUCUGAGAAGUUGAACCUGCCUUGAUAGACACCUUUGUCAAAAAAAGUCUUUAUAACAUAAUGGCAUUCCACAUAUAUACCCAAUGGGCACUGUUGAAUGUAUUAUGUUAACAGUGAUUCCAGGACUCAGAUCUUCAAGUUACUUUACUACGGCUCUUUGAACUGUGAGGACAAUGUGAUCAGCAGGGGGCGCAAGACACUGUUCUGACAAAGGCACCUGCUGUGUGUUCAGAGAAGAGUCGACAUGGAGGGAAUCUGUUGAAGGAUGUAAACAGAAAACAGACACGUGCUCCUCGGAAAGUCCUGUUUCCCCACUUGUGAAGUCGUUGCUGUUCUGAUUUCACCGUGUUCACGUGCUUUGAAGUCAGAAUGUGGAAGUAAACACGGACGCAGUAAACAAAAUGUUUGUUAUUUAUGUGUUUGGAGCGUUUGAACAACACAUUAAAUGUCUCUGCCACAGUUUACCACAUAGCAGAUACAGUACAGGUCGUUUACACACUGGAGGACGACUCGCCUGUGGACACUAGGAAUGUUUAGCCACUGAUUAACUUUAAGGUUUAAGGCUGAUUAAGGUUCUGCUUGACGUAGACUGAAGUGUUCCCAUGUCUCAGAUACAUUUCACCCAUUAUUAAUUCUACCCAACACAAAUCUCAAGACUCCCACUUUAUGAAGUCAAGUUGGUUUCCACUAAUAUCUGUGUACUUCAUGUGUUCAGUCUUGAAUUUGAAGAGGAAUCUGAAGAAUCUGUGGAAAAAAGAUUUUGAAUCUGUUAAUCCAAUGUAAUAUAUUGAUUUUAACAGGAAAGCAGGAAGAGAAAAUGUCUGCUUUGUCUCAAUGUCAGCGUAUUAUGUAAAAGUAAAUCUGUGGUUAAGGAGAACGGCCUUUAACUCUCAAAGCUUUAGGUUAUUAAUGUGUAUAUAUAAAUAAUUUUGUAUAUGUGUAAAUAAAUUAUCAGUACCAAAUGUCUUGAAGAAA